AUCUUCGCUAACAUGUGCCACUUUGAUUAAGUGGCAUAUUUCGAAACUAUGAUAUAAUUUGAUAUUAUAAGAUAUUAUAAGAGCUGUAGUAAUUUAAUUACAGAUAAAAUUAAAUUAGAGGCGAAAGAUAAUAACAGCAAAAAAUGGUUCACAUUUUUAGAAUGUCCGUAGCAGCCGUAAUGAAACUUAAUUUCUCGAACCUACCACAAGAGGGCGCUGUUCAAUGUAUGCCUCGGUCUUUUGUUCGUCUACUUCGAGGAGGCGCUCACUGAGUGUUGUCUGCUUGCUUUCUUUUGUCAGAUGUUGAGUCUUAUGAUCAUGAUCAACCCACGCACGGAUGGAAUCGAUCCGUUGGCGCGAGACGACAGGCUGCUCUAGUGGGGAUGGCCUCUGGUGAUCAGUCAGAUCGUGUAGAUCAGUUAACGUUGUUUGCUUGGAUACGGAAGUGCGUGGUAGGGAUUCACAACCAUCUCCAGCGUCUACUCAUUACGUCCAUAUCAUUGUAAGCGCGGUGUCGUUGGUUUGCGUGCUGUGUUUUUAACGAGAGUUCUGUGAUUACGCUAGCUGCAGCGGCUAUAGGUGACACUCUCGUUCAACGCUGCCGGCUAUGUGUUAGCAUCGCAUCGACGUUGAUCAGUAUUACUAAAAAAAUUUCCUGGAACAAGAAAGUCUGUGUUUCUGGAAAAAGAGUGUCGGUGCCAGCUAUAAUUCUUACGCUCGUGUCGACACAAUCUAUUCACUCAUUAACUUUUUUUGAUUCUACUAUAUAUCUGUAUCGAGUUGCUAAGUGUACGAAGCAUCAAUACGAAGGUCUUGUACGUAACAUCGUUGUUCUAGCUGCUAUUGCUGUUGUUGUUGUAGGAACAGGUCGCCGGUCCGCUCGUCCACUCAUCGUAGUAACUGCUGGCAGCGGAAGCUCCGCCGAUAUUAGGGAGAUAGUUUUGUUGUCCGCUUACCAUCAUCGAGGUUUACUACUGCUCUCCACACGUUUGCACCCUUCGCUCAUCCAUCCGCACCAUUACGAACCAACACAAACGAAAACAUGUCUCGCCUUAGAAAGAUAUUCUCUCGCAAGUCUAUCACAGCUAUAGCAGCGCCGUUCACCUUCCAGGAUUCACAAACCGGGGUGUUAGAAGUAAACACAAGCUCCCGUGGGUCUUCUUACCUCAAUUUGGAUAGUGAGCUCGAUUCUGAUAUGGACAAGAUGAUACCAGUGGUGCAGGACCAUCCCUUGUCACGUGCAUCACUUAGAGCGGAAAAUAAUAACACAGUGGAUGUCCAACAACUCGAGAGUUAUAUAGGUACUGCGAAAAACUUCAGAGAUUAUCCAACAGGAGAAAAGAAUGAUCAAAAUCGGUCCAGGGUAAGCCUUGAGAAGCCGAAUACUAAUUUGUCAAUGAUGCUGGGCAGCAGUGCGGGAUCAUCGUCAUUAGAGGAGGAGGGCACAGCCAGCGAUCCUGAAGAGGGUCUAAGUGAACCUUUCACAAAGGACCGUGUAAGUUUUGUCGGCGUGGACCCUCCCGGGGUGAGUCCCCCGGACUCCCCCGAGGUAGGAGGCUUAGUGAGUCCGGGGCCAAAAGUGAUGUCAAUUCCACCGACACCUCGAUCCGUUUCAAUGAUUCUCCCGUCCAAAUCGCCCGAGUCCGUUGAAGACAGCACCGAUGACCAGGAGGACGAAGGCCAGGCAUCUGAAGCAUUAAUAGCCGGUGCAGUAGCAAAUGGGAAUGCUCGUAUUGUGGGACCCCAAAUAUCGGAUGACUCCGGUAUUGGAGCUAACGGAGGUGCCGAACGAGGCUCCAUGGCUGGGGGAGCUUCCCUAAAGCGAUCGCUGCAUAUCGACAUACCUAACCCGAGGCCUGUUAUUUCCAGAGCUAGUUCUUACGGCGGGUCCGUUUCUAGCUUGCCGAUUACGCCAAAGGGUGGAGGUCUACGUCAUAUUGGACCCAACGACAAAGAUUCGCUGGUGAUCAUUCUUAGUGCACUCUACGCAAAGCUAUUGAUCGUUCUUGGUAUCUGCUUCCCCAUGGCGGAAGUCAUCUCUAGACGGAUUCCACCGGCAGUCUAUGAGGGUUUCUAUCUUUAUUUAUAUUUGGGAAGUAUUUUCUUCCUCCUCUUCAUGUACUGUUUCGUGUUCCCAAAACAAAAGGCUACCCGAGUCCCCAAACGUACGAACUCACGGAUAUCUGAGUACACAGCCUCGAUGCUUGACAAGUUCAGAAUAAUUACGAAAACAAGAGCUGAUAGAUCAAACAAGGUGCCCGCUUACGAGCUCAAGACGUCGCAUGCUGGUAGCUUUUACCUAAGGUUGGGAGCUGUAGCUUUUGGAACCGGCAGUAUGAUUUAUUCUGGGUUGGAGUUUGGCCAGUUCUUCGAAUACGAAUCAACCGACCAAUGUAGCAUACUUCACAACCUCACGCCAGCAACACGCAUGGCUUUCACGUUUUUCCAGCUCUAUUUCAUCUUUAUCAAUUCACGCGUUGCUAUCAACAGGUUUACGACACUGGCGCGUUUUGGUUUAAUGCACAUGAUCUCAAGCAACCUAUGUGUAUGGCUACACGUGCUCAUCCAAGAGACAAAACAUCAAAUUUUUGACCUUGCCAGUAACGAAACACAUCAGCCACAUGUGAUUCGGGCGGAUCUGCUUGGAUCUGUCACCUCAGAGACCAAUCGCUCUGCUAGUUCACACGUAACAGAUCAGGCUGUACCUCACGUGCAACGGAGUCGUCGAUCGUUUCCUGACAGCUACUGUGGUCAGAGGGCAAACAUUAUGGGCGAGCUCGUUCAAAACGCUUCUCCAUUCCUUUUCCCAUGUACAAUUGAGUACAGUCUUAUCUGCGCCGGCGUAUUGUAUAUCAUGUGGAAGAAUGUUAGCUCGUCAAAGAUAGUAUCUAGCGAUACGGCCUCCGUGACAAUAUAUGCUGCGCGUCAAAGGCAUUACUACCAGGUGGAUUGCGCGAAAGCAAAUAAAGGUCUGUUUACGGGUUUGCUUGUUCUGGUUUUAUCAAUAAUCAGUUUGAUCUUAUUUUUCGUUUUAAUCAAUAAGCCUGGUUACCGGAACAUUGCUGUUCUGGAAGCACACAUUGCGGAACUCGUCGUUUACAUUCUUGCUUCGCUGGCAACGAUUACGGCGCUCGUACAAGUCCGCGAGCUUCGAUACAACCGCUCGAGAAACCUUAAUCUCGAGUCGAUUCUCCUUAUUGUUGCUCAAAGUGGCUUGUACCUAUACAAUGUCUUUAGCAUAAUUGGAGGUCACUUUGACGCCGGAGAUAGCACUAUGCUUGCAAUACUUACCGCUUUAGCCUGCCUGAUCCAAGGUUCCCUUCAAACAAUGUUCAUUCUAGACGCAUCGCGACGAUAUGUGGCGAGUCAUGAUCAAGCUGAACGAAAACCGGGCCGGGAAAUGGUUACGUUUCUUAUUCUGUGUAACUUCUCCAUGUGGGCAAUUAACACAUUAGAAACACGACGCGCUGAUUCAAAUCCUGUCCAAAUGCAUUUUUACGGGUUUUGGGCCUGGACAAUCAUAACCCAUGUGACAGCACCGCUUGUCAUCUUCUUCCGCUUCCACUCAACCGUCUGCCUUUGUGACAUCUGGAAACGUGCAUACAAGGUCAAAUCAGACUACCUCACUUGAAAAGCAGAAUACGUGUUGAAACAUUUCUCUAGAUAGCUUUUUAGGUAUCUCUUACUACUACUACUACUACUACUACUACUACUACUACUACUACUACUACUACUACUACUACUACUACUAC